AUGCCUGGCUCACACUUCUCCGACAUGGCGGACCAUGAGUCCUCAAACAGUCUUUAUGAUCCUCAGGAUCCUAAUCUGGCCUUCGAUGAUGGCUCGGUCGCGAAAUCUGACCCCUCAUCCUCCCGCCCCCAGACCCAGCAGCAGUACUACGACGCUGCAUGGCAAUUCACCGGCACGCCCCCUUACGACUCGUACGACCCCUCCAGCAGUACCGCUCCUCAAACUCAAGCUAGUUUUCAAUCUUCUCCUUGGAAUAUUUCUUUUGGUGCAGAUCAGAGCAUUCAGCAAUUGCCGAUCUCUACUGGCAUCGACGGCAUUGACGGCCUUCCGGCGACCACCCUCAAUCCCGAAUCUAUCUACGCCAUUUCCAAUCCGUCAUCAGGACAGGGUAAUAUCCAACCAGCCUUCAUCAGCCAUUUGACUCCUGCUUUGCAGGAGAAGCUGCGCAACAUCGCCAUGCCACCUCAUCUCCAGUACCACUCCCCCAAGAGUGCCUCGAGCCCCGACUCAGCAAACGGUGAACUCGCCAGGAGAGGAGGCAUGCUCUCUUCACCAGAUCCUGCCGAUGGAUCUUCGAAAGCGUCACGAAAGCGCAAGUCUUCCAUGGACCCCGAGGAUGAUGAGGAGGACGAGGAUGGCGAUCAGCCAGUGAAGAAGACCGCCCACAAUAUGAUCGAGAAGCGAUACCGAACCAACCUGAAUGAUAAGAUCGCCGCGCUAAGAGACAGCGUGCCUAGUCUUCGUAUCAUGACAAAGAGUGCGCGAGGUGAAGACACAACUGAAGAUCGCGAAGAACUUCACGGACUUACCCCAGCGCACAAGCUAAACAAGGCCACCGUUUUGAGCAAGGCGACUGAGUACAUCCGACAUCUCGAGAAGCGAAACAAUCGACUACUUGAUGAAAAUGGUGCUAUGCAAGCCCGAAUUGCAGCCUUCGAAAAAUUGUUCAUGGCUGGUGCCAUGAACGGCGGUAUUAGUCCCCUCCAGCAACCCCCGACACCUAUUCAGUACGCCCAGGACUCCCAGCAGUUUGGCGCCUCACCCAUAUCAGCAUCGCAAGACGGUAACGCGCAACCCGGUGGCAUGAUUCAAGUCCCCGAUGAUAUGAAGAGAAUUAUCAACGCACAGAUGGCUGCUGGUCAACCAUAUCCAGUGCCUCAGCAACAGUUCCGUGGCGGCAACCCUGCGCUCAUUAGACAGCAGCAAAUCCAACAGCAACAGCAGAUGCAGCAAAAUAGAUGGAACAAUGCUGGCCCUUACUUUGGUAAACUGAUGGUCGGCUCACUAGCCGGCCUCAUGAUCUUGGAGGCAGUACGCGAAGACGAGGUCAGCAACGAAAAGCCAGAAGGCCGUGGACUAUAUGCCCUUCCUCUCCAACUUCUGAAGAGUGCAGCGUCUGGCCUCGACUUGACUUUCAACGGCUACCAUGUCCAUACUUCACUCCGAGCCCUUCUUCUAAUUGGAACUUUCCUCUGGGUGUUCGUGCCUUCUCUGUUCUCUCAGACUCAACCAAAGUCCAAGAAGGUGCAAGUUGGCGUUCUUCAGCCAGCGCCAUCAUUGGCUUCACCAAUUCACGUCCGCCGACAGGCUUGGCUCACUGCUAUCCAGACAGUUUGGGUUCCCCGCCACAAUUUCUUCCUUGAGGCUGCAGCACUCAUUUUGAAGACACUCAAACUCAGUCUUCGCAACGCUAUCGGAGUUCACGGUUAUCAGGCACUCACUGGCUUGACACAAGAGCAGGAGACUGCCCGAGUUCAAGCCUGGAGUAUCGCCCUAGACUCGCAAUUGGCUGGUGGCGAUGACGAGAUCAACAACAGCCGCCUUAUUCUCACUCUUCUUGCUUCUGGUACUCUCCCCGACACCCCUUCUCGACUCAUGCUCAAGGCACUUCACAUUCGCGUUCUUCUCUGGGACAUCAGUCAAAACCGACUUCACCUUGGAGCCGGCAACCUCAUUGCCACCAAUCUUGCCCGAGCUAAGUGGAAUGAAGCCCGUCAGCUCAAUCGUCUGCUUGUAAAACUUCACCGUGGAUCAUCCGAGCAGCACGAUGACGACCUGCCCGAUCACCUCGCUAUGCUGGUUGAACAAGACUGCGAUGACGUGCUCAACGAUGAUGUUGUUCAGCGAGCACACAACCUGGCGUUCAACGCCGAUACCGAUUGUAACGUCGCGGCUCCCAUGGACGGCAUGGACUCUGUUGUUGACGAUACCGCUAUUGGAUCCCCUCUCGACGCCGUUGCAGCCUGGUGGUCAACUCAAACCCUACACCGAACCUUGAUCGCCACGAUGGAGAAGGACGAGGAGGUUCUUAGCACCAAGGUUGAUGAUAUUGAACUCGCCAUCAAUGUUGCGCCUAUUGGAUCUACCGCACAGGCUCGAGCCAUCGUUGCACGCGCAGUUCUGGUUGACAAGGCUCGUGGCGCUAACAUCGCCUCUGCCUUGCAGUCCAUGGGCAAUGAAAAGGUCGAUGCUCUUUUAAGCAAUUCCAUUUGUGUUGUCGAUUCCAGCUUCCAAUCCUCUACCCCCGAUCUUCGACUCGCCCUCCGCUGUGCUAUGGCCAUCGCCCACCUUCAACGCGUCGAAUGUACCCCCGCAAGUACUCACCAGGGCCUCCGCAUUGUCGAAUCGAUUAUGACCCGCGGUAACGCCUCACAAAUGUCACUCCUUGGAUGCACCGCAGCUCUUCAAAUAAUGGAGGUUCUCUACGAGAACAAGGCUGCCGCUGAGAUAUUCCGCUCCUCCCUCGAAAGACUAUCUGGUGGUCUUCGUCUAUGGAUGGGUGGUGCUCCCGGUGAAAAGUGCGGCGUCACUUCCGAUGUGCGGGAGAAGGUUGUUGACCGAUGCCUAACUGUCACCAAGAGCAUGGUGGGAAUGGACUCAGAUACAGGAUAUGGAAGUCUUGAUGAAUGUGAAGAAGACGGAUGCUAA